AUGAACGGCACGUUAGCCGAUCAACUACAGAAUCAACUGGCCAACUACGGUCAGCCGGUUAUGAACCAACGUGGCGGUAACGACGAUCCAUCAAUGUAUAUGAACGGCUCAUCCGCUUCCGUCUCCAACACCAACGGCUCAUCUUCAAUGGGCAAUGAUCAGAAAUUUCCUUCUUAUAAACGAAUGGCUCAACGGAGGAAAGUGCCCGAAGGAGAGCUAUGUGCAGUAUGUUCAGAUUUAGCGACAGGAUACCAUUAUGGUGUUGCAAGUUGUAAUGGAUGCAAAACAUUCUUCCGAAGAACAAUAGUCAGUGAACAAACUUUUAUAUGCCAAUAUAAUGGGAAUUGCGAUGUUAAUAAAAAUAUUCGAUGUGCGUGUCGUCACUGCCGUUUUAAUAAAUGCCUACUUGUUGGAAUGGAUGCAAAAGCCAUUCAAAAUGAUCGGGACAGGAUCGGCCCUACCAAAAAGAUCAAGAUGAGCAGCGGAUCCGAUGACGAGCAAGCCACCACCCCACACCGUCUCCAGGACCAAGAAAUCAUUGACCAGCUCACACAAGUGGAAGGACUCUGCCAAGAGUUGCGCCGAUGCAUAAUUCCAGAAGUGACCGGAGUGACACAUGCAUUGACUUCUCCUUGCCUACUUUUUGAGACCACAGACCUUAAAGUAGACGUGAGUCUGACCAAUACUAUCUUCAAAGAGCUCUACCCAGCUUCGAUGAACGACAUCCGCAUGUGGAACAUUCGUGAAAUGCGCAUUUGCAUCGAAUGGGCAAAGACAUUUGAUGUGUAUCAAAGAUUGAAUCUCUUCGAUCAGUUCGCACUUGUUCGCAACUUCGCUUUUGCUUUCAAUCUCCUCAACCGUGUGUUUUACUCACCGGACCACGGACCAGACAAGAUUGUCUUCCAAAAUGGAGCUUUCAUCAUGAGACAACCACAACAACAGGUUCAACUCUCUGGAUGCCGACCAAUCUACACAAGACAGAUGGAUGAAAUUAUGAUUCCAUUCCGCAAGUUGCAAUUGAGCGUCUCUGAAUUUGCCACCUUCAAGGCUGCUCUUUUCUUCAAUCCAGAUGCUCUUGACUUGUCUCCAUCUGCUAAGCAAGAAGUUUUCGAGGAGAGGAACAAAUAUUUGGGAGCUUUGUUCACAUGCAUAACACAAAAGAUUGGAAUUCCAACUGGAGUCCAGAAAUAUGGAAGUUUAUUGAUGAUGACUGCUAGUAUACAGAACAUUUUGGCACAAAAUGAAGAGAAUAUGCAAGUAAUGGAACUGUUUAAAAAUUGGGAAGUGGAUCCAUUUGUCAAAGAAUUAUAUGACUCGCCGAAAUCGAAAACAGAGUCAGUUAUCAAAGAACGGAUGGAAUAUGGGAGGAUGAUCCUAUUAGUCUGUAACAAAACUUGUGCAAAGCAUAGAUCGGAAAUCCCACUAUGGCUUAAAGAAUUCAAUCAGAAGAAAGGGUAUCAAGAGCCUGAGACGAUCACCUACUACUAUCACACAUACAGGCAACCAGUGACAUUCGUGGAUACAAAUGAAACAACUUCUUUUCCAAAUUUAAUUUAUUUCAUUGGUUUGAAAAAGGUUGUGUUCAAUGGAGAUGUAAAUGACAGGAGGAGUGUAGAUGACUGGAUGGAAACUGUGGACCACCUGCAUCUGAUAAAACCAAAAAUCUACAGCGAUUUGAACGAAAUUCUUUCUGAUACAUCUAACUGCUCCAUGAAGUACCUUCUGCUGUCGGACCGCCCAAAAUGCCCACAACCGUCUUGGUCUAUAGUUGCAAGAAUUGCUCAAGACUUGGGAAUCCAGCCGGUUAAAAUCAGAUAUCCAUUGGAUGGUAUCACUCAUGUUCUCCUCCACAAAAGAAUGCCAUUCUUGUCGGAAGCAUCGUGUCAUUUAUCUGUUCUUCUUUACGAAAAUAGUUAUUCGGACUUUGGAGAUGACAUCAAUCCAUUAGUUGUUUCCGAUUGGAUAACAACUUUAUUGCCUCAGGAAGAAGGAAGUUGUCCGGCUCUUUUUGAAACGUAUUGGCAUCCAAUUGAGGAUGAGCUCACCGAGUUGCAGCAAAUCUUUUUCUCGGCCGAGUUGGAAAUAUCCGAGAGAAACAAGCGACCAACAUUCAUUUUAGUGGGAUUGACUAGUGGAAUUGCUGUGAUAAUUUUAGCAUUCAGUAUAUUCUGGGGACUGAAUGGUUCCGGUUUUAGUGAAUAG